AUGAAUCACAUACAAGAUCAAAAGCUUCAGAGUCUCCUCAAUACUUGGAAAGGCUCUCAUGUAAUCGAUGACGAUGGAUCAAACAUUAUCAUUUACAAGCCCAAACGCAAAUCUAAAAAAUCGAAACAAGAGCCAUCUCAAGAAUCCCAUGAAGAUUUUUCGAGGCGUGCUAGUCGCAAUGCUGAGAUGGAUCAUGCAAAUCAUGGCUACGCAUCACUGCUGCCAAACGCAUCGCAACAAAGACGAAGUUUAUCACCUUCCAUGAACAACCGUCCCGAUGAGGCAUCCGCAAGCGGACCAAAAAAGAAGAAGAAAAAGAAGAGGCAAUCCCUUCCAGAAACUCAAGCUAUCCACCAAUUUUCAUCCGAACAGAAUGACAAAGCUCAACCAGUUGCCUUUGACCCUUACAACGACGACUUUGAUACUGGCGAUCGAAAACUGAAUCAACUCAACCACUUUCCAAAUGCAAGCAGCAACCAAGACCAUGAUCAGGAGCAACCCAGUGGAUACCCUGAAUUGAUUCCGAUCAAAAGAAAAUUUACGACAUAUAAAAUGCCAGUAGCUCCAGAACCUGUCCAACCCAUGAACGCAAAUGGCAACGGGAAAAGUAAUAUCGGUAACAACUCCAAGUCUUUGGGCUGCUGUGGCAGUCUAGCCUACCGUAUGCGCUCCACCAACGCAAGUUUGUUCCGCUUCAAGUGGCUCAAGCUUACACAGUUACUGCUUGCCACAUAUAUCGGUAUAUUGACAUUUGCCGACAUGGGGCCACCAGGAGGUCUCCGAGACACAGAAACAGGUCUCAUCAUGGACAAGGCGUCCCCAGAGCGCACUGCCAAAGGUCUUAUUCUGGUCAACGGGACGGAGCGUGCUAUUGUUGCGGCCUCCCUUACCCAAGUUGCAUGCAUUGGUGUUGCUCGUCUCAGCGCUUGGUUGAUGUAUCCCACCCUGGUGAUGGUCUUCUUUACCAAGUUUCGAGCGACAAUUGGUUUCUUGUCCACAACUCCCAUUGGAAUGUACAUGCACAGCGACAGUCAUGAAGUCCAUGUGUACUGCGGAUGGUCAAUCCUUAUACUUGCAUCCAUUCACUCACUCGCCCAUCUUGUGCGCUGGACCGAACAAGGGAAUCUGAGCUUGUUGUUCUACCAUUUCUCUGGAUUGACUGGAUUCUUCAUCAUCUCCAGUUGUCUCUUGAUUUGCAUUCCAAUGACUCUGUUUCGAAAGCGCAUCAAAUACGAGGUCCGCAAGUUCUUUCACUACCUCUUCAUCGUAUUUGCGCUUGCUCUUUGUUUCCAUACUCCUACGUCGGCAAUUCCGAAUGGCGGAUUUACAUUCUGGGUCUUCGGAACGCUACUGGUAUGGUACUUCCUAGACUUCAUGUUCUGCCAAUUUUUCAUGACGGAAAAGAUCGAGACUACAAAGUUCAGCGUUCUACCAAGUGGAGUGCGAGUCACCAUGGAGGUCUCGGAGCGCUUUCAAAAGAUAGGAGCUCAUGGCGGAAUCUGUUACAUUUGUUUGCCAUGGGUGUCCAAGAAUCAAUGGCACGCCUUCUCUCUCUUCGAGAACCCAGAAAAUCCAGCGGAACGGCAAGUAUUUAUCCAAAAGACUGGUGAUUGGACCACCAAGGUGCAUCAAAUUCUACAAAGAGAUACCGUGCGACCAGCCUGGAUCCACGGUCCUUUCCCCAGUCCCUACGAUAAUGCCAUCGAUUAUGACAACCAAAUCCUUGUUGCAUCUGGAAUUGGUAUCACUCCCGCCCUAUCCGUCAUCCGAGCACACAAGAAUAGUCGACGCAUCAACCUUAUCUGGGCAGUUCGCGAUCCUCAUCUUCUAGGAUUCUUCUUGCGCCACCUCUAUUUGGACCAUCAAGGAUGGAACCUGAUCUUCUAUACUGGCAAGGAGAAGCUGAAGAGUGGAUUAUUAGAGUCCAUUGCCAAUACCAACAUUUGCAUCAUUGAAGGUCGCCCAAAACUUGAUCAAGUGAUUCCCAACAUUAUAUUCGGCAUUGAAUCUGGGCAUGGUCUUCCGGAAUGGUACAACCAAGACACUCGGGCGGUCGCCUCCGAAAUGCUCAUUGAUAGAUUGAAACACGCAGAUCGACCAGAAGAUGUUGCAUUUUACGCACAGGAACUUGGCUUCAACUUGCCUGCAGAUGCGGCCCAUACAAGUUUCCAGAUCAGUCGAAGUUCCGAAGGAUGUGACAUUGAUAGUUCUCGAAAUUCAACAUCUGAAUUUGUCAUGGAAAAUCUUGGCAUUGGUUUCCGUCCAUGGGAAUAUCACCCCGGCGCUACAAGAUACAUCCGAAAUCUGGAUAAGAAGAUGGUAAUCUCAACUUGGGGAAUGUUGUAUUGUGGUGGAGCCAAGCCCGUCCUUAACGACUUGAAGCGAAUCUCGGACGAAUACCACAUUGGCUUGCACGUUGAAUCCUUUGCUUGGUAA